UAAGUGGAACAUUCUGAAAAGAAACUUAGUUGCCGCCUUUGAAUUGAGGCUAAUCCCUUAGUGGUAGAGAUUGAUUAGACAAGAUAAACCGGCAUUUAAUCUGCAGGCUGCUCACCUUUGCAGAGCGGUUUGCAAGGUUAGUCUGAUCAUGCACAUUACUUUGAAACAAUAGCAUUUGCUUAUUUGUGGGGAAGGAAAGCAGUGUAUCCUGACCUUCUCUGAAUUAAUGCCAUUUUCUUUUCUUUUCUUUUCUUUUCUUUUCUUUUCCUAGCCGGAUAAUGAAAUCUCAUCUGACUGCAACCACCUGUUGUGGAACUACAAGUUCAACCUGACUACAGAUCCAAAAUUUGAAUCAGUGGCUAGAGAAGUUUGCAAAACCACUAUAUCAGAGAUCAAAGAAUGUGCUGAUGAACCAGUCGGAAAAGGUUACUUGGUAUCCUGCUUGGUGGAGCAUAGAGGAAAUAUCACUGAAUAUCAAUGUCACCAGUACAUCACCAAAAUGACAGCCAUAAUUUUCAGUGAUUACCGCCUGAUCUGUGGAUUUAUGGAUCACUGCAGGACUGAUAUUAACCUCCUGAAGUGUGGCAGUGUUCGACCGGGAGAAAAGGAUGCCCAUUCUCAAGGGGAGGUGGUGGCCUGCCUGGAGAAAGGGCUGGUAAAAGUGGCAGAGGACAACGAGCAUCACGUGAAAGUCUCAGAGCCCUGCAUGAAGGCAAUUCUCCGAGUGGCGGAGCUGUCAUCAGAUGACUUCCACCUGGACCGGCACCUCUACUUUGCCUGCCGGGACGAUCGUGAACACUUUUGUGAAACUACACAAGCAGGGGAAGGCAGGGUAUACAAGUGUCUCUUUAACCACAAAUUUGAAGAUGCUAUGAGUGAAAAGUGUCGGGAUGCAUUGACAACUCGGCAAAAGUUGAUUGCCCAGGAUUACAAAGUCAGCUACUCCUUGGCGAAAUCCUGCAAAAGUGAUCUGAAGAAGUACCGUUGCAAUGUUGAGAAUCUUCCUCGUACUCGGGAGGCCCGUCUCUCUUACCUGCUGAUGUGUCUCGAGUCUGCUGUGCAUAGAGGUCGGCAGGUAAGCAGCGAAUGCCAGGGAGAAAUGCUGGACUACAGGCGGAUGCUGAUGGAGGAUUUCUCUCUGAGCCCAGAAAUCAUCCUUGGUUGCCGCACUGAGAUCGAGCACCACUGCUCAGGGCUGCAUCGAAAGGGCCGCACUCUGCACUGCCUGAUGAAAGUUGUACGGGGAGAGAAAGGCAGCUUGGGAGACAGCUGCCAACAUUCGGUAAGCUUGUGGCGGGGGAGUCUCCCCAUUUCAGUCUUCCCCCAUAGUUUCCUGACAGUGUAUGUUUGGUGCUUGCUGUGUUUUAGCAUCUUGAACAUAUUCUUUGUGGCUUCUGUGCAUCACAUGAGCACAAAGCAGUGA